AUGAGUAGUCGCGGCGGGAAACUCGCACCCGAAGUCAACAGAGCUCUGUUCGUCAAGAAUUUGAGCUACAGCGUAACUCCAGAGGAGCUUUUCGACCUAUUUGGAAAAUUCGGACCCAUCCGCCAAGUUCGUCAGGGUAUCUCCAGCAGCACCAAGGGAACGGCCUUCGUGGUCUAUGAGGACGUAAUGGAUGCGAAGCAAGCCUGCGACAAGCUCAACGGCUUCAACUUCCAAAAUCGUUAUCUUGUCGUUCUGUAUCAUCAGCCAGAGAAGAUGGCCAAAUCAAAAGAGGACCUGGAAGCCCGUCGGGAAUCUUUAGCUCAGCUGAAGAAACAGCACGGCCGGUCUUUGUCACCUCCAAAGUCUGCUUCGCCGGAUCCUAAGACGAUCCUUCGAAAGGGCACGCCACCAGCCACAACCAUUGUCAAGGGGCAUGCCGGCGCGCGAGCAGUCCGCUUUGUCGAUGGGGCACCAACUGCUCUUAGAUCAUGUGCGUGA